AUGGACAGUCACUUAAAGUUAAAACUUGACUCAGGAGAUGCUCUUCCACAUCCUGUUGAGUAUCAAGCUCUAGCUAGUAAGCUUAUCUACCUAACUCUCACUAGGCCAGAUGUUGCCUUUACAGUUCAUCAAAUCAAGGGAUCUUGCUUAGCAAUUUGUGCUCAACUACAAGCAUUUUGUGAUAGUGACUGGGCAGGGUGUGCCAGUACUAGAAGUUCUACAUCAGCGUUCUACAUCAUGCUUGGUAAGUCUCCUGUGUCAUGGAAAUCAAAGAGACAGUCUAUUGUGUCAAGAAGUAGUGUAGAAGAUGAGUAUAGGUCCAUAGCACUUGCCAUUUGUGAAGUUAUGUGGUUGAAGUACCUGCUUAAGGACCUGGGGAUCAAGCAUACAGGUAGCACUCCCAUCUUCUGUGACAAUAAAGCAGCUUUGCAAUUGCUGCCUACCUAG